GGGUCUAUGGCGUAAGGGCUGUCACAGCUCCCGUGCCCCGAACUCCAGCGGGGUAAAAUCGAGUCUGAGACAGAGUGCCGAAAUCAGAGCAGUCGCUCCUGCUCUGCCCGAGCACACACCGUGACACUCAUCCCGCCCAGCACGGGCAUCAGGCCGAGCUCCCCUGUGUGCUGGGGGAGCGGUGGAUCUCUGCCGGGGUUUCUGUCUCGAUCCCUGCCAUAAUCCAGGUCAGCGAGUAGAAACAAUAGAGAGUUGCACUAAUGGUGCUGACUCUGCUCAUGUCUCUCCCUCCAAAGUAAAACACAACCUCGCCCCGUUCCACCCCUUGACCCGCAGGGGAGCAGCUGAUGGCAAGGGCAGAGCUCGGAGAGGAGGAACCGGGAGCUCGGAGAGGAGGAACCGGGAUCGGACUCUGUUCCCGAGGGCAGGCUGGGUUUGUUCCGGUGCAGAGAUUGUCCUUCCUUACUCAAAGGUGAGUAACAAAUUAGAAAAUGUUUGCAGCCUAUUUUGAUUGCCCAGGAGGCCCAGAAAAUCUCUAUAUGAAAGAAGUGAUGAAACCAAAUCCAGGAGAAGGAGAAGUUCUUGUGAAGGUCUCUGCCAGUGCUCUGAAUAGGGCAGAUUUACUUCAGAGGAGAGGGAAGUACCCUCCCCCCGAAGGAGCAAGUGAUAUUUUAGGCUUAGAAGCAGCUGGCAGUGUGGCUGGGCUGGGCCCUGGCUGCAGGGGCUGGUGGAAGGUCGGCGAUGCAGUGAUGGCUCUGCUCUCCGGAGGAGGCCAAGCACAGUAUGUUGCAGUUCCUGAGGGCCACCUGAUGCCAAUCCCUAAGGAUAUGACUUUUAUCCAGGCUGCAGCCAUUCCUGAAGCCUGGUUAACAGCAUUUCAGCUGCUGCAUUUUGUAGGUAAAGUACAGGAGGGCGAGACAGUGCUGAUCCAUGCUGGAGCCAGUGGAGUUGGCAUGGCAGCCAUUCAGCUGGUGAGACUGGCAAAAGCAAUUCCCAUCGUGACAGCAGGAACUCAAGAGAAACUGAAAGCAACAGCAAACGCUGGAGCAGCUGCAGGGUUCAACUACAAGAGUGAAGAUUUUAGUGAAAAAGUCCUGGAGUUCACCCAAGGUUCUGGAGUGGAUAUUAUUUUAGAUUGUGUUGGUGGCUCAUACUGGGAGAAGAAUCUCAACUGUCUGGGUACUGAUGGCCGGUGGAUUAUUUAUGGACUACUGAGCGGAGGUGAAGUCCAUGGGGAUUUGCUGGCAAGGCUGCUUUCCAAAAGAGCCAGCAUCCACACGAGUCUAUUACGGUCACGAGACAAGGAGUACAAGGAGCGGCUGGUGAGAGCCUUCACAGAGGACGCUCUGCCCUAUUUUUCCGGAGGGGCUUCCCCGCGUCUCCAGCCGCUCGUGGACAGCGUCUACCCCCUGCACAAGAUCGCAGAGGCACACAGGAUCAUGGAGGAGAACAGGAACAUCGGCAAAAUCGUCAUCGAAGUGCCCGUUUGCUUCAAGAAAGGGCCGCUGCUGUAG